AACUUUGUACCCUAGGGUCCUGAGGAAAGGAAAAUGCAGAGACCAUUAAGACAGAGUUUCUAGAAACUGCAAGUAUAGCUGCACCCUAGAGCCCAUAAUAAGAAUUCUCCUUUGGGGUCCUCAUUUGUCCUUUGCCUUAUACCAGAACCCAGGCAGAGUAGGGGGUGGUCAGGGUCUCUUCUGUGUACUCACCCUACUGGGUAAGGUGUUGAUUCAUCCAUCCAGGAGGAAGGGCCCAAAGGACAUGCCAGCUGUCAAACAUAGUGCCUGCCUGGAAGUCAGCUGUAGCUACCCAGAUCCCACCAACUUCUGACCAUUCGCCUUUCCCUCAGGUCUGGCGCCAUGCACUAGGGUACCCAGAACGCUGCAAGGCCACACCCUCCUCACUUCAGGGGUCACUGUCCCCACUGCCUACCACCCCACCAUGGCUGGGGAUCGGCUCCCGAGGAAGGUGAUGGAUGCCAAGAAACUGGCCAGCCUGCUGCGUGGCGGGCCUGGGGGACCUUUGGUCAUUGACAGUCGAUCCUUCGUGGAAUACAACAGCUGCCAUGUGCUGAGCUCUGUGAAUAUCUGCUGUUCCAAACUGGUGAAGAGGCGCCUUCAGCAGGGGAAAGUGACCAUUGCUGAGCUCAUCCAGCCAGCUACACGCAGCCAGGUGGAUGCCACAGAACCACAGGAUGUGGUAGUGUAUGACCAGAGCACUCGGGAUGCCAGCGUGCUGGCAGCAGACAGCUUCCUGUCCAUCCUGCUCAGCAAGCUGGACGGCUGCUUCGACAGCGUGGCCAUCCUCACAGGGGGCUUUGCCACCUUCUCCUCCUGCUUCCCAGGCCUCUGUGAGGGAAAACCUGCUACCCUACCAUCCAUGAGCCUCUCUCAGCCCUGCCUGCCUGUGCCCAGUGUGGGCCUGACCCGUAUCCUGCCUCACCUCUACCUGGGCUCUCAGAAAGAUGUCUUAAACAAGGAUCUGAUGACCCAAAAUGGAAUAAGCUAUGUUCUCAAUGCCAGCAACUCCUGCCCUAAACCGGACUUCAUCUGUGAAAGCCGUUUCAUGCGUAUCCCCAUCAAUGACAACUACUGUGAAAAGCUGCUGCCCUGGCUGGACAAGUCCAUUGAGUUUAUUGAUAAAGCCAAGCUGUCCAGCUGCCAAGUCAUUGUUCACUGUCUGGCUGGCAUCUCUCGCUCUGCCACCAUCGCCAUCGCCUACAUCAUGAAAACCAUGGGCAUGUCCUCUGACGACGCAUACAGGUUUGUGAAGGAUCGGCGCCCCUCCAUCUCGCCCAACUUCAACUUCCUGGGCCAGUUGCUCGAGUAUGAGAGGAGUCUGAAGCUGCUGGCUGCCCUGCAGAGUGAUGGACCUCACUUGGGGACCCCUGAGCCCCUCCUGGGCCCGGCAGCAAGCAUCCCACUGCCCCGGCUGCCACCAUCUACCUCAGAGAGCGCUGCCACUGGGAGCGAAGCUGGAGGGGAUGCUCUAAUCCCCAGCACAGCUCCAGCCACCAGCGCACUGCAGCAGGGUUUACGUGGCCUGCACCUCUCCUCCGACCGCCUCCAGGACACCAACCGCCUGAAGCGCUCCUUCUCCCUGGACAUCAAGUCGGCUUAUGCACCCAGCAGGAGGCCUGACUUUCCCGGCCGUGGAGGUCAUCGAAGUAUCGUGACCCUUCAGGAGUCCCUGAGCCCCCGCUCCAGCCAGGCCAGGUAUAAUAUAUAUUAUAUAUAACACACAGAAAGGUAAAUGGUUUUACUGCAUUUUUAUCAAGAAGUAAAUAUUUCGAUUUUUUUAUUUAUUUAAGAUAGUGAUCUGGCAACUGUGCGGGGCGGUCCUCAAGCUCUGUUUUUACUGUCUGGUAUUUAAACUGAAACAGGUUUCUAAGCAAUAUGAGGCCACCUUCAACCCCAAGCUGGGUUGACAGGCCCGGGCCCCUCUUCGCCCCUCCCCUCUGGAAAUAUUACUGACCUUGCAAAGAGCUGCCCAGCUUUCCUGCACUUUUUACAUAAGAAGGGGGGAGGGGAGGGAGGAAAAAAAAACCCUUAUUUGCCACAAACUGAGCCGCAGAUCCUUUGCCCUUUCCUUUCCUUCCUCUCCUGGUCUCUCCUCUCCCGUCUCUCAUGUCUGGGCUCUGUAGCAAAGCCAUAGGUAGGGGAGAGGGAGACCCUAGUGUCCCUGAAGAAGGCCCCACCAGCAGCCCCACCCCACCUCAAGUCUUAGUGGCAUAGGGGUACCCUCUCUGCUGGUCCAUCACCCCAGGGCUGUUCCUUGGCAGGUGUUGGUGGGCACUGGGCCCCAUGGACCAGAGUUUUCAGGGAGACUUGAACAAGGAGGUGGGUUCCUGGAAGCCAGAUGAGGUAGCCCCCAAGGCAAGGAUGGAGUAGACGAAAGAGCUCACACUCCUGCGAGAGUGAGGUCCAGUUCCUCAAAGGGGCCCAGGAGGCCAUUCGGAGGAUUCUCUCUUUCCUUUGCAGGUGCUGUUGCCCCGUGGGAAGCCCAAGAGACUCCCCAGCAUGGACUGGGGAAGUGUCCAAUGCUGGUGGGGGGAGCUAGGCUAGCUAGGGCUGGCAGGGGCUAGCUCUGCUGGUCAGAGGGGAGCUCUGAGUCCAGUAUAAAUGGGAGUAGAUCCAAGCUUUCAUUCUGGGCUCUUCCUGCCCCUGGCAGGACUUGGAAUUCAGGUGCACCUCCAGGUCGAGUGGCCUCUGGAUCAAGGCUCCUUACAAAUGGAGUAAAGCACCUACCAAGCCCUUGGGCUUCCAGGAAGUGGGAAUCCUCAGCUUUGAGAGAACUAUCAUCUCCAAGCAGAGAGAGACCCCAUCUAGGGACAGAGAUACUGGGGAAGUCCUCAGUGACUGCCCCAUCCCCACAGGGGCUUCUCAGAAGAGAGUCCCUUUGUGUGCUCCCUUCCCAGGGUACUUCCCAGUGUUUUCAAGAUGAUAUGCUAGCCUCCACCCAAGGUGGCUUUUUUUUUUUUUUUUUUGAACUUGGCUCAGAGCCAAUCUAGGAGCAAGGACAGGAGAAAAGUACUAGCCAUCCUUGCUGAAUAUCCUCUUGGACCAUUUGGGACCCAAAGUUUUUAGGAAGAAUAGGGCUCCUUGCCCUCAGAUGUCUAGGAGUGAACUGUCCUCUUAGAAAGAAGCCAGGGGCUUGGUACCAGGCAGCUGGGGUAGGACAGAGUCCUGGAGAAGACCUAAGGAAGCACCUUUCUGCCCCACCUCCCUUGCUGUGUCCUUCUGUUUGUUCUUCUUUUGACCUACUGCCCUGUGUUUCUGUCAUCCUCCUUCUUAAGCAAAAGUCCUGUUCCAGUUCUCUUGACCCCACCCAUCCUGAUCCCUGAGAAAAUAAGCUAUUGUUGUAUUUGCAAUCUAUGGAUUAGAGGUUUAAGUAUUUAUUAUUAUUAUUGGUUAAUUAUUAUUAUUAUUAUUAUUAAUUAUGUAAAUUUGCCUCCUGUCUGUCAUUGGAUUUCUAAGGUGACCCUGGGUGUGGAGGAUGCACUGGCUUCCCCUUCCUUGCCCCCACCCAGCUGCUGUCCAGGAGACAGUAGUAUGUGGCCACCAUUUGGACCCUAAAGAUCCCCCUUGGGUCUGGUCCCUCACCUCUCUUGGUGGAGGUAUGGCAUCUAUCCUGGACACAUGGGGCCCAUUAACCUCAGUCUGUCUCUGUUCUCACUCACUCAUGACCUUGGUCAUCUCAAAAGUGAGAAGACAAGAUGGAGGAGAAGGUCCCAGCUGCCUGCUCCUGUGCAGGGUAGGGAGAGAUGGAGCACAGGCCUUCCCUGGUGGCUUUUCACCUACUGUCCCAGGUGUGGAGGGUAUAGGGUCCUCUCUGAGCCUCUCACUCUCUCACUCCUCCUACUGGUCACUGCCUGGCACUGGAAUGACCCAGAAUGCGCCUGGCCCCCUCCUGUUGUUUUCUGGAAAGUCCAGUAUAGGAGAGGAGGCUGGUCCCUUGCCCAAGGCUUCUGGUCCCGGAGGACCAGGAUGCCAGCUUCCUCCUUGGGACCUUGCCCCACGAGGCCGCACUUUCCCAUCCCUCCUUUUGUAUUUGAAACAAUGUGUUGUAAUAAAUCAUGAGAACGAUGUUUUCCCCA